CUCAGAGAAGAUUCGAUUUCCAUUCGUCUUCGGAACAUGCUGUUUCGUCGCUGAGAGGGCAGCUGCCCAAUCGGUUACAACCUCCGAUCCCGGCCGGCUCAUCGUCUUCUGUACAAUCGAGCUCUCGGCUGCCAUAAAAAAAAAGUUGCAACAGUUGAGCCAACUCACUGGGAAACGCCAAUUGAAGCGCAGCCAUGGCAGCUCGGACUCUUAGAAUCGGUCUCAUCUCCGGCGAUGGCAUCGGCAAGGAGGUCAUCCCCGCCGGUCGGCGCAUUCUCGAAGCCCUUCCCGCGUCGCUCGGUUUGAAGUUCGAGUUCGUCGACCUCAAAGCGGGCUGGGAAACGUUCCAGGAGCAAGGCGUGGCGCUGCCGGACGAGACGGUAUCGAUUCUCAAAUCCGACUGCGACGGCGCGCUCUUCGGCGCCGUCAGCUCCCCGACCACGGCCGUCAAGGGCUACUCGUCGCCCAUCGUGGCACUGCGAAAGAAGCUCGACCUGUACGCCAACGUGCGGCCCGUCAAGACGGUCGUGUCGGCGCCCAGGCCCAUCGACAUGGUCAUUGUGCGCGAGAACACCGAGGACCUGUACGUCAAGGAGGAGACGACGCGCGACACACCCGACGGCAAGGUCGCCGAGGCCGUCAAGCGCAUCUCGCAGCGCGCCAGCAGCCGCAUCGCCACCAUCGCCGGCGAGAUCGCCCUGCGCCGCCAAAAGAUCCGUGCCGCCGGGUCGCCCAGCAUCCACAAGGGCCCGCUCGUCACCGUGACGCACAAGUCCAACGUGCUGUCGCAGACCGACGGCCUGUUCCGCUCAACGGCGCGCGAGGCGCUCGCCGUGCCGCGGUUCGGGGAGGUCGCCGUCGAGGAGCAGAUUGUCGACUCGAUGGUGUACAAGCUGUUCCGGCAGCCCGAGGCGUACGACGUGAUUGUUGCGCCCAACCUGUACGGCGACAUCCUGUCCGACGGCGCCGCCGCGUUAGUGGGGUCGCUGGGUCUGGUGCCCAGCGCCAACGUCGGCGAGGGUUUCGCCAUUGGCGAGCCGUGCCACGGCAGCGCACCCGAUAUCCAGGGCCAGGGCAUCGCCAAUCCGAUCGCCACGCUCCGCAGCGCCGCGCUGAUGCUCGAGUUCCUCAAUGAGGAGGCUGCCGCCGCCAAGAUUUACGCUGCCGUUGAUGCCAACCUUGAGGAAGGCAAGCUGCUCAGCCCAGAUUUGGGCGGUACUGCCAAGACGGAGGAGGUUGUCCAGGAUAUCCUCCGCCGUCUGUAAACUAAGGUCGGUGCUUGGCUUAGGAGGAACAUGCAGGACUUCAAGGCAACUGGCUGUUGUAGUGAUACCUGUCGUUUGUACAUAACUGGUGUCUAUGGGGAUAAAUAAAAGGGAAGCAUAGGUAUUAACUCCCCAAUCUGCGGCGGCUAAUUUCC